GCAACGAGGUCUGCGUAUGUUGCAACGCGCAGGAAUGAGAAAGAUCAACUUUGCCGGAGGCGAACCGCUGCUGUACCCGCAGUUGCUGAGCAAGCUAGUUGCCUUCUGCAAGGAGGAGCUUCACUUGGAAUCUGUGUCUAUUGUGACGAAUGGCAGCAAGCUGACAGAGCGGUUCAUGGCUAAAGCUGCGAAACAUAUUGACAUUAUUGCUGUAUCAUGCGACUCGUUUGAUGAGCAGGUCAACAUCCAGAUUGGCCGCGGCCAGGGCUCGCACCUGGCACAGGUGCAGGAAGUAGCGCGGCUAUGCAAGAAAUAUAAGGUCAAAUUCAAACUCAACACUGUCGUCAAUCGGUACAAUGUGCAUGAAGAUAUGAACAAGCAUAUCCAGGCCCUCCAGCCAUAUCGAUGGAAGUGUUUCCAAGUUCUCGUUAUCGAGGGAGAGAAUGACUCCAACUCGACCAUCCGGGAUGCUCGACGUUUUCAGAUCUCAGACGAGGAAUUUUGGCAGUUCUGUGAUCGUCAUUCCAACAAUAAAUGCAUGGUUCCUGAGCCUAAUAACAUCAUGAGGAGCUCAUAUCUUAUUCUCGAUGAGUAUAUGCGAUUCCUGAAUAAAGGCACCGGCGCCCCGACGGAAUCUAUCCUCGAUGUUGGUGUCUCUCGCGCCCUGGCCAACGUCUACUGGGACCAGGACAGCUUCUAUGAGCGCGGCGGGAUCUAUGACUGGACCAAGGAUGUCGGCGAAGGAUGUGGAUCUGAGAAGAAUCCGGCGCUGGAAUUCUGA